CCUUGUUCAUUGAUACUAGUUGGCAAUGUCUACAGAACCUAUCAAUGCAGUAAACCUCGAUAAUCUGAUCAUCAGAAUAACAGGGGUUGAAAUCCCGAGAAGUUUAGUCGUAGAACUACCCGAAGGGCGAAGCUUGGACCACUCCGGUAAUAUACCCCUUAAUCGGUUUAUUAAACAAGAUGGUCGAGCAUCAGUACGUCGGCUAUCGAGCGAUUUCGAUUACGGAGCAUUUAGAGAUUAUUUGGCGAUAAACAAGAUAAUAAAGCGUGAUGCGCUCUUAGACCCGGGACCGCCCUCAUCGGUACUUCAUACUUCCAAUUCCUGGUAUGUCCUUUUAGCUAGAGUUCAAUCAGGCGAGCAUCCACUUACCGAGGAGUCCGACGGUUUUAAAUAUCUCAGAUUAGGCCCCCCGACUGCGAAUACAUCAGAAGCCCCGGCCGCGGCCGCGGCCCCAGCUCCAGUCCCGGCCCCAGCCCCAGCUGGAGGUGGAGGCGGCGGCGGAGGCGGCGGUGGAGGUGGGGGUGGAGGUCCGGGCCCAGUUGCAGGAAGACGGAGUUUAAAACCUAGUGAACUUGAAUCACCCUUUCCUGGCUCCCUUGAUAGGUUAAUUAGCACACCUACCCGUCGCCCGGCACCGCCUGCUGGCAGGGGACAACCUGCUCGCCAAGGCGGGGGAGGUCGUUCAACACCAGGCCGAGAUCUUGUGUCGGGUACGAGACCGGUUCCUACAAGUGAUAAUAAGGAGGUGGAUGCUAAUGAUAUGAACUCUAUCGUCGUGGGUACUAACGUCAUACACGAAGAUGACGAAAAUAACGCAAAUACUUCACAGGAAGAUGAAGACGAGAGCAGCAUGGCGGAUGGUGCAAACGCAAUUAUGAAUCAACUCAACAUCAACCAAGCGCAAAUUGACACGACUACUUGGGAAAAUGUUUGUCAGUUUUUCGGAUGUAAUACUAAUGAUACGGAGGUGGAAGUUCCAGGCCUUAGGUUAAGACUGAGGGGGUAUCAAAUGCACGCAGUUUACUGGAUGAUAAUGCAGCCUGUUCGUGACAUUCGGGCCGGUAUGAUCGGAGACGAUGUUGGGCUUGGAAAGACGGGGAUGACACUAGCUGUUAUCGUGCUUCGUCACCAAAUGCACACAGCUUCACGAGAAGUGGCUCGCGAAUGGGCACAGAGGAAAGUAAUAGCAAAACAAGUGAAUUCGAGUAACCCCGUUCCUCAAUUCAAUCACCUCCCCGACCAAUCAGGCGUAGAAAGGCCUCUUACGGCUUGCCCCAGCCAGGCGCAAUCUAGAUUUAGAUUCAUAUGCCCUUGCGUACCGGGAUCGGUGGCCUACCGGUUUGUGAGGUACACAAUGUCGGCGCCUAGUGUAAUUGUUGCACCUGCAGAUUUGCUUGACCAGUGGCGAAAAGAAGUUGACAAAUGGGUUGACUUCUCAAAUGGAAGCGUUGCUGCGGAUAUGAUAUUUACUGUUGCUCAUAGGGAUUGGAAUAAUAAGCCUCACUUACACGAUGAUGCGGCUGUACGUAUGACCCGGGGUGAGCUGCAUAAUAUGAAAAUACGGCCCAGCAGUCAGGAUGUGCAAUCCCGAUAUGUCAUACUCACAGCCCCGCUCGGUGUGAGCAACCUGCUUGCGAUGUAUAGGGUAAAUAUAAAUGACCCAAACAAAAGAAGACCCUCCGCGAUAUGUGACCUGGGGGUCGGGUAUGUGUUCAUGGACGAGGUACAUAAGUAUCAUGGGAGCAAGACUACCUCGACAGGCCCUUUUAGGGGUCUAGCGGCGCUUCGGAACACUUGUUAUAGAGCUCCUGUUGCUAUUGGUUUAUCGGCUUCGAUGUUGGGCGGCGGUCCGCAUUAUUGGCGGCCAUUUGUCGAGCAUAUUCUCAAUUCACAUGCGCGGGGGCCGCAGCUCAUACCAAAAAUCGGAAGAAUCGACGACUUAGACCAAUAUGUGUCUUCUUGGGCGUAUUUUGUCAGUCAUGAUCCCGAAGACAACAAUGAAAGAUACACCAAUCUCUUAGAAUUCUUAAGAGAGUUCAUACCUCUCGCAUUGCUUUGUCGAAAUAAAGGCCAAAGAUUCAGAGACGUUCUAAUUGGAACUCCACCCGUGGCUAUUUUUUGGGAGAUAUGCGAUAUGUUUGAUGACGAGGUCCGACGUUCCCACCGAAGGUUGGCCGCUACAGUGCGAUCCUGGAUAGAUGAAGCGUAUAUGAAGAAAAAAGGAGAGUGGGAAAGCGGUGGGAAAAGAGGCCCAGAACCGCAAAAGGAUUCAAUCCAAGCAGACUUACUGGGCACUGUAGUCAAUGCUAACCCUACAAUUCAUGCUUACGAAGUGAUCUUACGUUCUUCGGCACUCCCAGCACUCGCAAGACUCGUCGAUAGCAAGGAGAUUACGUACGAAAUGAUCUUAAAGGACGAGGUUAUGAAAUAUGCGAAGGAUAUAACGAAUGCUCUCGAGCGGGGAUUGUCUAGGAGAACGGCAAAUGACGUUAUGGAGGAGGCCAUACUAUCUAUAUUGCGGAAAUCAAAGUACUGGGAUAAGCGAGAGGAAUUGGAAACGACGUCUCCGAAGUUUCAUAAAAUAUGUGACUACAUUGACCAUAUGAUAGAGCUGAGGGCAAACAUUUGGGAUGAUAGCACCGGAUUUCCCGACCCGGGACCCGAGCCGGAGGAUGGAAGUCGGGUUCGCCAUAUGUUAAUCUUUGCCGAGUCCCAAAUUGCGGCCUUCUUGCUAUUUAUGCUGCUUUAUCAGAGGUACGGUUCGAAGAUUGAUUGGAUAUAUGCCCACGCUGGAAUACCACCUGCCAAGCGUGCCCCAAUGCUCGGACGGAUAAACGAACCAUGUACUGCUCAAAGUCGAAAUAAGAUAAUAGUAUCUACCAGCCGCUUGUCGGGAAAGGGCCAUAAUUUGCAAAGAGCAAAUUACUGUAUCAUUACCGAAUAUCCUCAAAAUAGAGAUGAACAAAGGCAAGCCGCCGGCCGUGUUGAUAGGACAGGUCAGACCAUGAAUCCUGUUGUUGUUCAGUUGUUGGACAGUGAAAAUUUGGCCGAGACGGUUCGAUAUCGGCGAAGUCGCUUAAGGGCACAAUUGGCGGAUGAUAGCAUAAGGGAAAGUGAAAAAGUCGACAUUAACGACUUUUGCGAACCGAUACAAGACCUUGUUCUCCAUCGCUGACCUUAUUAUUGAUAUUACGUGU